UCUCGGUGGUAUAAUACCGGCACUUGACCUACUUCUUUCAAAUAGUUAAAAAUUGUGCUUCAGAUAUGAAAAUACUAAGCGUUCUUCUAUUGUUCGCUGCUUUGUACGAAAUUAACGGCUCGCGGUUUUGUGGCCCUACGCUGACACAGGUAUUAGAAAUGGUCUGUUAUAAUGGCUAUAACCCAAUGAUAAUGAGUAAAAAAUCCAGCAAUAAGCCCGUGCACCAUGAUAUGGACAUUCCGGACAAAUUCAACGAAAUCGAUGAUGUGUCAGGUUUAAAACCCGAUUCUCUUCUAAAUGAUUUGCUAUAUGGUAACCAUGUCAACAGACUGGCCAAAACACGUAGACACCGGCAUUUGGGUGGAGUUUACGAUGAAUGCUGCCGCAAAGAUUGCACCCUGGAUGAAUUGGCCGGAUAUUGCUUGUAAUGUGUAAAUAAGAGGUUAUACAAGAUGCUUUGACAUUGGAAAUAUUUUAGUGUAUCCCAUCGAAGAGUUUUAAAACACCAAUAUAGUUAAAACUAAAUAAACUAAGGCAAAUUCAA